GCUUGCAAAAAGGCAGCAGCAGACGCAUGGAGCGCGCACUCAAUUUCUGACAGCUGAACACGGACAUACCUUACAUUCUGUCUGCACAUCUUUAAUCAAAACAUUUGGAUUACAUUUGGAGGCACCGGGCUGACGCCAUGCACCCUUGUUUUUUCCGCGUGUUUUUUCAUGGGUUUUUGCUCAUAUUUUCAGUUUUAUGCGAAGCUGCUGCUUUCAACCUGGAUUUGGAAAAGCCAACGGUUUACAAUGGACCAGAGGGAAGUUAUUUUGGAUACUCACUGGACUUUUACCACCCAACACAGGAUAGAAACGCCUUGUCUGUGCUGGUUGGGGCUCCUAAAGCGAACACCUCUCAGCCAGGGAUUGUGGAGGGAGGAGCGGUGUACUACUGCCCCUGGCCGGCAUCAGACCCAGACUCCUGCCGUCAGAUCCCCUUUGAUAAAGCAAAUAACCGGAUGAUUAAAGUGAACGGGACACGGGAGCCUCUAGAAUUUAAAUCCCAUCAGUGGUUUGGAGCCACAGUCAGGACCCACAAAGGCAAAGUGGUGGCUUGUGCGCCCCUCUAUCACUGGAGGACCGUGAAGGUCAGCAGUGAGAUGGAUCCAGUGGGAACUUGUUAUGUGGCUGUGCAGAACUUUAGUGCCUAUGCUGAGUAUUCACCGUGUCGAACCAAUAACCCGGACCCCGAGGGCCAGGGCUUCUGCCAGGCGGGCUUCAGCGUUGAUUUCACUAAGGAAGGGACUCUGGUUGUGGGAGGGCCAGGGAGUUUCUACUGGCAAGGUCAAGUGAUCACUGCAGGAGUUGCAGAAAUAUUGAACGGCUAUUCUCUGAAAACUAUUCUGCGUAAAGUUCAGGGAGAGAAGCAGACUGUGGCUGCAUCAGACGCAUAUGAUGACAGUUACCUAGGUUACUCUGUAGCGGUCGGAGAGUUCACAGGUGAUUCGGAACAAGAAUUGGUAGCAGGGGUACCUCGAGGGGCGCACAACUUUGGUUAUGUGGCUGUGAUCAAUGCAACAAACCUGACAUUUAUUCAGAAUUUUACUGGGGAGCAGAUGGCCUCUUAUUUUGGAUACACUGUUGCAGUGACUGAUCUAAAUGGAGAUGGGCUAGAUGACGUGCUAGUUGGAGCUCCACUCUACAUGGACCGUGAGUUUGAGAGUAAACCGCGUGAGGUGGGCCGUGUGUACUUGUACUUGCAAGAGGACGUGCUUCUCUUCUCCCCUUCCAUCACACUCACUGGAACGCACCUGUUCGGCCGGUAUGGAAGUGCCAUCGCCCCUCUCGGAGAUAUCAACCAGGAUGGCUACCUUGACUUGGCAAUAGGGGCUCCAUUCGCAGGGGAGGAUCGUGGUGGCAGGGUCUUCAUCUAUAAUGGGCAAAAAUCUGGGCUGAUGUUACAGGCAUCUCAAGUGCUGAAAGGCGACUGGGCCUCAUCCGGCAUCCCAGCAGGCUUUGGAUUCACCCUGCGAGGAGAUUCUGACCUCGAUAACAACCAGUACCCUGAUUUGCUGGUCGGUGCAUUUGGAGUGAGUAAAGUUGUGGCCUACAGGUCAAGGCCAGUGGUCACGGUGGACGCUCAGCUGAUUUUGACACCCAGAAUUCUCAAUCCUGAGGACAAGUCCUGCCGCAUGCCCAAUUCUGAUGACAUGGUAACCUGUCUGUCAGUAAAUGUGUGUGCAAAGAUCUCUGGGAUUGGUAUUCCUGAUUAUGUAGCUCUAAGAAUGGACCUGCAGCUGGAUUGGCUGAAGCAGCGUGGAGCAGUUAAGAGGAUCUUGUUCAUGGACUCUCACCAGCACCAGAGAACCCAACAGUUGGUUCUGGGUCAAGGGGACCGCCAACAUUGCCACAACUACUCUGUUUACCUGCGGGAUGAGGGAGAAUUCAGAGAUAAGCUGAGUCCUAUCAGCGUGACACUGAACUACAGUCUGGACCAGAACUCCCCUCCACCUGGCCUCCAGCUGCGGCCCAUUUUGGACCAAUACAGCAAGACCUUCCACCAUGAGCAGGCAAACAUCCUGUUGGACUGUGGGGAAGACAACAUGUGCAUCCCAGAUCUCAAACUUUCUGCUAAAAUGGACCGGACUGAACUUAUAAUCGGGGAUGACAACUUGCUUAUGUUGAUCAUUAAUGCAGCCAAUGAGGGUGAGGGGGCAUACGAGGCGGAGCUUCAUGUGACCCUCCCACCAGAGGCGGACUAUAUUGGUGUGGAGCGCAGACGUGAGCUCCGUUCGUGUUUGUCACACUUCUCGAGGGAUGAGAGACAAGCAUCUGUGUCUCGUGGUUCGGGUCCCUCUGGAGGCAUGGCGAAGACUCAGAUCGCGGGGUUCACAGAUUUGGACAAAGGGGAUGUUGUCAUGGUGACAGGCUUCAUCAUGGAGCCUCCAGGGUUAAACCCACAUGGGCUAAAUUAUCAUGGCACCAGCGGAGAAGGGGAAUGUAUUUUGACAGAUGAUGUGGCUCUGCCCAACUUCUCAAAGUUUUUUCUAGAGCGUUCACUGAAGGAGAGGGAUCAGGUGGAGCACCUGCUGGAGUAUCAAAACACAAGAGGAGGACGAAUCGUUCUCCAGACCAUUGCGUUGUCAGUUGGUUUACGGUUUUCUGUACAGAGGCUGGAAGAUGCCCCUCCUUCCAUUGGCUUUGAGCUGCAGAUACACAGCUCUAAUAAGGACAACUCCAGAAGCAUUCGAGUGAAUUUGACUCUAAGCAUUGCAGCGAGCGCACAGGUGGAGAUCAGAGGUGUGUCUCACCCAGCUCAGGUUGUUUUGCCUUUCCCUCGAUGGGAACCCAAAGAGAAACCUGUGAGAGAGGAUGACGUUGGCCCUCAGGUUCAACACGUAUAUGAGUUACAUAAUAAGGGUCCAAGUUCAAUAAGCAGGACUGUAUUGGAGGUGGGAUGGCCCAGUUGGUACCGUGAGGAACACCUCCUUUAUGCCCUUCAGAUCAUUACUGACGGACCUGUUCACUGCAGUGUUAACGGCUCCCUAAACCCGCUGAAGUUAGAGACCUCCACUCUUCAGGACACUCCAGAAUUACUGGGCUUUCUGAGGAACAGCAGCGGUCCAACUCGCCAUAGACGAUCUGUUUCUACAGCCCAGAGUUACAACAGCAAGAUUCUGAACUGCUCAAAUAUCAACUGCCUGAUGGUGGAGUGUGUUGUGGAUCGCUUGGAUCGAGGGCAAAGUGCAGUGAUCAAGUUCAGAUCUCGACUCUGGGCUCAUACCUUCUUACAGAGACGGAAUGACCACUACACGCUAAACUCCACAGUGUCCUUUCAAGUGAUGUCCAUGCCUUAUCGGAUCAAAGCUGAUUCACUCCCACACCAGAGCAAAUCAAUUGGCACAUUUGUGGUGUGGGCCAUUCCUGAUGUUUCUUUUGCCAUUCCCCUGUGGGUAAUAAUUCUGGCUAUACUGCUAGGUCUGCUGGUGCUGGCUAUGCUUAGCCUAGCAAUGUGGAAGUGCGGCUUCUUCGAUCGGGCGCGGCCACCCAAAGACGAUGACGUGUCAGACCGCGAGCAGCUGACCGCAGAAAAAUCCACAGACGCGUGAGAGCAGAACAGAUGACAAUUAUGAAUAAAGAGGUCAUGGGAUGAAUCACCAUGAAGAGAGUGGAGGGGCUGUGUCCGAAGGUUUCGGUAUCUUUGUAGACGACUACAGAUCCAAGCCUGUAAAUAAACUACAGCUCUCACACUGGACUGCAAUCUGUGAGCUGGGCCACAGUACCACUCAAAAACAUUUCUAAAGCUUUAUUUAAAAUGCCGGAAGAGCAAGAACUCUGGACGUUGCACUCUGAUAGAGCUGCAAUAUCCACAGGAUCCAAAGUACAAGACUACAGGCUGAUCAAUACAAUCCCAAAGAUUUAGAUCUCACUCUGAUCAACUCCAUCGACUUACAUUGAAGCACAGUGAUCAUUUUUGACAAUAUAUUGUUUAAAACUACCAAUGGAACUUAAGAUCAUAUCUUCUCAUCACCAGCUCAGCACAAGAUCUGGAUCAUCCCACCAUAUGCUUCACAUUGGCCACAUACACACUGCAGCUAAAUAUGGAUUCACUCCCCUUUUAAGACAUUUCUGAUAUUUAUUUCAUUUCAUAUUUAAAUAUCAAACACCAAACAGGUUAAACUGUUCCAUAUUUCAUGUUUACAGCCGAGGGAUUACUACUUUAUUAUUAUGAUUAUUACUGUGGCAGUUUCAGGAGUGACUCCUGUUUUAUGUACACACACAGAACAAUAAUUUAGGAGAUUCACACCUACACUUGUAUAUGGUUGUCACUCUCAAAACUUUGCAGUGUGUAUUAUAUGGCCAUUUUUAACAGUGUUUAAAAAUAACACAGAAAGUCACAUACUGUAUGCAAAUAAUUGAUGUUACCUUCAAGUAUACUUUAUGUAUUAUCAGAAAAUUAUUGAUAAUGAUGGUGUUGUGGUAAAUUCUGCGAUCUGACUAGAAUCUUUAUUCUUACAAAGCUGGUCUGUUGCAUCAUCAGCCCACAAUGUAGUUUCACAGCAUUGUCUUAUUUCACAUGCCUUGUCAAUGAUUGUACUGAUUACAUAUUGAAGCUUGUAAAAGAAUAGCUCACUACGUACAAAGAUGGGGAUGGGGGGUUAUGAGCAGAUAUAAAUUAUAUGUGCAAUAAUGGGACAUUUUUGAGUUGAUCAUUUGUGUGUACACUGGCUCCAAAAUGUUUAAAACCUGAGGUUCAGGUUGUUUUGUAUAUAAAGUUAAAAUACUUAUUUGUCAGGCUUUGUCAGAGAAUAUUUCUUUUCCAAACUAAAGGGAACAACAAUAUUUUGUCUUUCAGCGCUCUAAAUGCAUCGAUAAAUCACCAAUAAUGUUAGAUGACAUGGGCACAUUAAUUUCAUCUGUUGGGAAUUCUUCUUUUUUUUUUUUUUUUUUUUU